UGCCCACGCCAGCAGGCUCCUCACUGCAGUGAGAGUUCGCUGCGGCUGCCUGACCCUGACAAAGGUUCAAGACGGUUGCUACGGUGCAGGCCGUCCCAAUGCAGGCAGACCCAUGGCUCAAGGCAAGUUGGCAUCCCAUUGCCAUCGAUAGCCUAGUCCGUGGGACUGCUGUCAAUCAGAGCGGGCAGUGCUCGUCUGCCGCGAUCUUAGCGCCGAGUUGUGCCUGGCGUGCGAUUGCCAAAACGGGCGUGGGUUCAGCGAGCUGGGCAGUGGGCACUAAGACACCUCAGCGCCGUCGAAAGGAAGCUUAGCGCUGGGCCCAUAUCGUGUCAUCCUCGCUUGCUGCCCACCGAGCUCUUCACAGCCUACUCUGCAGCGGUGUCCACAGCGCCAAGGCGCAACGAUGGCGACGGCGCCGCCGCCCUGAGUUGGAAUAUCAGGCCGCGGUUGAAGAGUAAACCGGCCCCGCUCCACGCACGUUCGCGCGCGCUUCCGCCGGCGAUGCACCAUUCGACAUGCCCUCGGCACGGCAAUGCAUGGCAAGGUCGAAGGAGCGCCGGCGACAGUGGAGGGACCACUUCGACCUGGACAGAGCCGCUGACUCUGUCCCAAUCACGCGUCUUUAUCACGAGUGCCCCAUGACGCGGGAGCGGCAGGCCUAAUUGCCCUCGACCCAAAUGGCGGCGGCAGCUGCGGCCGCUGAGUCACGCCCGCGAUAGAGCACUGCUCCGAGGUCAGACUGGCGGUGCAGCGAGAUAGCUUUGAAGUAUCACCUGCGGGCCCCGGACCGGGCGGCGGUGGUGGCGUGCCUCGCCCUACAUCGUACCAUAAUGCAAAUCGGGUCGAGCGGUCUGAUCGGGCCGAGGAUCCGAUCAUCAAGAUGGAGGCGGCCGCAACUCGCAUUCGCCAUUCCCGCCGUUGGUGAAAGUGCAAAAAUAUGAUUCGAGUUUGUUUUUGCGUCCACUGUGGCCCACACAGCGUCCGGGGCCGCUAGCCACAGUGAAAGUAGCUUCAACUGCAACGCCUGAAAUGCUGCAACUUCUUGCGGCGAGACCUGCUCGCUGUCGACGAAGUGGCGGCAACAACGAUGGCAACUGGGCUAUGUGUGCAGUGCAUUCGCUCGAUGGAUACUCAGCACCCUUCUUUCGAGCUCUACGGUACAUGCACAGGGGGAUGCCGAAAAAUUGUCUUCCCGAUUCGGCUAGAGGCAAUUUCAGUAGUAGAAAAAGUUAAAACUACAACAUCAACACCAGAAACGCUGCAACAAUCCAGACCGGAGACAUUUUGCCUCGCUGCCGUAGGCUACGCACGGCCCGUAGCUAGAGAAUACAUGCAGUGGGCAAGUGACAAAGCUAACUGCGCACAACCUCAUUGCUGACAAGCACUGCUUGCUCAGCACGAAACCUCUCGGUGGGAAGUGUCCACUGACCACUACACGUCUGAGAUCCCACGGCCGCGAAUCAGAUCUAGACUGGCGAAACGCCCGGAAACUUGGCGGUUUCAUCCGCGCAGUCUGGGGACGCUUAGCCUCCGCGCCCGGCGCAAAGGGCGCAAAGGCGACAAACGGAUAAGAUCGACUCUGCUGCCUUCAUUGAGAGGGCGCUCCGAUGCGCGAGAGGAUACUUUCUGUGCUUAAGCGCCAAUACCGACCGCAGCCACAGUGUUGCUUAUCGGUGCUUGGAGUUGAACGCUGCUGACCUGGGCGGUCUGCUCAAUGCUGGCUUCGCGAUCAGCUUGACAAAAGGAUUCGUAUGCAACAAAGAGCUCCCGGGUAACGCCCAGUGAUGGGUUCAGCCAUGCCAAAAAGUGCUACACUGUACAGGCUAAAAAAAAACUUACUAGCUACUUUUCAAAAUUUCCAAGUUUACUUAAGCGUCACUUACGAAACAUUGAAGUUGUAGCUGAAAUUUGCGGUUGAGUUAGGCACUUCUUCACUUCACCGCCAUUAAGGCGACCGAGCUGCCGUCGUGGCAAAGCUCGUGUUGAGGGCUGUAUGUCGAUGUGAAGAAAACAGGAAUGUGUAGAAUUAUUGCUCUGCGUGGCGUGGUGGAUUCGUAAAAAUAAAAUCAAUAAUAGCGUUUUACAUGCUCUUAGUUUCUAAUGCCUGCGCCAGGAAAGAUUGGAGAGUAUCGCAAAGUUGUCUUGCCAAUUACGGAACCGUCGAUGAAUGUGCCAUUGACGCUAACGAUCGAGGUAGGUGAAAGUUCGUUGAUGCUAAAGAGUGAGGUUUUGACGUUCGAGUGUUUUUAUGCUUGGCGGAUGAUUCUGGCAGUUGCGAAAGCUCUCUAAAGUUGAGGGUUAUCACCACAACGCAGAGAAUACGGUUCUGGUAAUCUGCCGGCUGGACAAUUGGUUCUCGGGACUGCCUUGUUCCACAACAUUUUCGAUGCGUUGUGUUGAACGCAACACGUUUGUAGUGCGCCAAUGCGUGAAUCCUUCGAGGACUGUCGCGAGUCAUACAUACAAUCAUAUCGCUUUCAAGCUGCAUGCAGGGGGCGAACAUCCAGCAUGCCAUUUGUGUCAGUCCACAAGAAUCAACGACAUAUCAACCUGGUCUCGCAAAUUCCGUGUAAAUUGGCGCAAACUUUGCCGAGAGUCGUCCAAAGCUCCUUUAGCAAGCCACACGUAAAGGAAUCAAGUUUUUAUCGACGAUCUGAAUCACCGUCUUUUUAGCGAACUCCGACUUGUCAAGCGCUGCUGAAACAAGCUGGCUACGCCUCAAGGGCAUCUGUUGGUGUUGUCAAAAUUCGUGGGCUGGGACAACUCGCGUGCUCGCAGCAUAUGCAAAUCCUGUGGCUCCCAACGUAGAUUUCCAAGGUGGCGCCGUGUGACUUGAAGAAGGUCGAGCAGCGUGUCGCUAAAAAAAAAAGAAUUUCAUUUCCCAAUUUAGCGGCAAUCGAAUAUCCGAUGUCCCAGUAUAGCAGCAUGGACUCGACCCGCGCGUCGCGGCCGCCUCGGCGAGCGCAGCGCUUGCUGCCAGCGCUCACGCCGGCGCCGCCCACCUCAGGCUCAGCCACGGCGUCGCAGAAACUCGAGCAGCUCCAGGCGCAGCAGCCCACAGACAGCGCACCAAUUGGCAAGAAACCGUCCUCCAUCGCACACAUUUUCUUCAAUCGACGGCCACUAGACUUGAUCCGUCGCACUACCAGCUCUCUACUAGCCACCAGUGGCAGCUCAGCGCCCACGAGUGUCGUUGCGACGCCGCCUGCCACCGAGGAGCGCAAGUUCUGGCAGCCACAUCGUCCGCUUGGCGAGAAGAGCGGGCGCCGGAGACUGCAGCAGCUACAGCACAAAGAGAAAAGCAACAAACCGCAGCGGAGACUGCGACUCAGUGAAAAUGCCGAGACGGAGCGCGGGAAGCGACACGAGCUCGAGACUCGAACAGACACAGCGACGGAGAUCAGACGGAGGCCAACGCCAUGUCCUCCCACUGGCAAACAGUUCUUGAUGGAUUCAGAGAAAGCAGCGGAGCUCACGGCCCUAGAGAGCGUGGAAAUCUUACAGUACGACGAGAUCCGCUUCGUGUCUACACGUGCAGUCAAGCGCAAUCGCCGCAAUGGCGCGAUCCAGAACGAUCUGCCAGUCCACGGAGACGAGGCGGCAACUCCUGUCGACGAAUUAGACGACCUUCCGACAGAAUUAUGCAACGACGGCUACGAUGACGAACACGGAGACUAUUUGGUAUUGAUCGGAGACCAUUUAGCCUUCCGAUACGAAGUGCUGAGUGCAUUAGGCCAAGGAUCUUUCGGCCAGGUCGUGUGUUGUGUGGACCAUCGCACUGGCAAACAAGUUGCCGUCAAGAUCAUUCGUAAUCGACGAAAAUACCGCGAUCAGGCGCUUGUUGAGGUGAAACUUCUGUCACAACUCCAACGUGGAGUUGGAAAUUCGCAUAUCGUGCGCAUGGAGGAAUAUUUCCAGUUCCGUAACCACGUGUGUAUCGCCUUUGAGGUGUUGGGCUUGAACUUGUAUGAUCUCCUCAAGACGCGCCACUUUAACGGGCUCCCCAUGACCAGUGUACGCACAAUUGGCAAGCAAUUGGUACAAUCUUUGGCAUUUCUCAAACAGGAGCAAAUUGUCCACUGCGACUUGAAACCAGAGAAUAUUCUGCUUAAUGCGUCGCCUGUGAACGGAGAUGGCAUCGUGGACAACGUGACACUUAUUGACUUCGGUAGUAGUUGUCUGGAAGGGACUCCCAUGUUCACCUACAUCCAAAGCCGCUUCUAUCGAAGUCCAGAGGUUUUACUCGGCCUCACGUACUCCGGUGCGAUCGACAUGUGGAGUUUUGCCUGUAUCCUCGUCGAGUUGCACACUGGCCACCCGAUUUUUGCCGGCGAGAACGAACGCGAACAAUUUGCCUGUAUCAUGGAAGUGCUGGGCGUGCCUCCGGUCGAAAUGGUGCAAAACAGCAAGCGACGUCUCAACUUUUUCGACGAAGUAUCCAACCCUGCGGAUAUCGACGCUGUGGACUACGUCCCGAAGUCGUUCGUGAACUCCCGAGGCCGUCGACGCUCGCCUGGAACUCUCAGCCUCAUCAGCGCUGUCAAGUCCAAUGAUCCUGAAUUUUUGGCAUUUUUGGCAAAAUGUUUUGCAUGGGAUCCGAGUCACCGACUCACUCCCGAACAAGCACUUCAGGAACCUUGGCUACUUAAUCACGCCAAUCCUGUAGAAUAUGAGCUUUAAGUAAGUUGAAGUAACCUGUACAAAUGCAUAAGCAAAUUCUCAACAA